AUGCCAGAACCAAAACAUAUUGGUCACCAGGUCAAAUUUGAAAAUACACUUUUUGGCCUUUUUAAAAAGGCAUGGUGGGAAAUUCCAGAGAUCAUGGCAUCGUCAUGUUUAGCUAUAGCAGGAGUAGUAAUGGGAUGUAUCGCUGUUAAUAAUUAUAUUAAAAAUGACGGAGAUAACCGAGAAUUCAAGAAAAUAUUUAUGAUUAUGCGCCCUGAAGACCCAAGAGUCCCUCGUCUUAAAAACCCAGUGUUUACUGAAUACAAAGGA